AUGGAGCCUGUGCUGGAGGUAAAUGUGUUUAUGCAGGCCUUUCGAGGUAAACAGGAUGUGAAGUGGUCCAUGAUGCGCCUGCAGCAGACUGGUCUCUCAACACAGGUGAUGGAGGCUUGGCUGGUCACACAGGUGGUGGAGGCUGUGUUGACCUCAACACAACAUGGCAGCUACUCUGUAAUUUUCAUUACGGACGGCACUACCUCACCCUCCACUAUCUUCAUGAUAAUAGAUCAUCUACGAUUUCCAGGAGGAGCUGGAUUUUUUGAAGCAGUAAUUAAUGGCUCUGAUUUCAAGCAGGACAACCACCUGUCACUACUGGUCGAUAAUGUUAAGAUGCUGCGGAAGUUGUCAUCAUACACAACAAUUGUAGUGAUAAGUGACGAGGCAACCUUCCUCGCCGCCUUCGUCAAGUGGUCCGUCAAGGGGCGCCUCAUGGUGUGGUCGACGAGGCUCCUCAUCCUCACUCACUCUCGCCUCAUGGAGCUGCAGGAUCUCCACACAACCUUGUCCAACUUCAACUCCAUGUUGGUUAUUAUCAACAACGACACAACAAACAUCAAGUGCAGUGUUUACGUCCAGCUGCCGUAUAGUCCGCGGGGAUCCCAGGUUGUGCAGGUGGCCUCCUGGACACCUCGUCGUGGCCUCCUCCUCACCUCACACCUCCAACUCUUCCCGGAAAAGUUCUUAAAGUUCCAACACGGACCAAAUUUGCUGGUGGCGAUAGAUGAGUCUGGCUACGUCAGGCUGAUGAAGGUGCAAGACCCGGAAGGUUCGGGGGUGACAAAGUUCCAGUUCAAAGGUGCCAUGGUAAAGCUGAUUGAUUACUUUUCUGAUGCACUUAACUUUACGUACACCUUCGUUCGACCUCGUGACGGAGUCUGGGGCGUUAAACUCAAUAAUGGUUCAUGGUCCGGCAUAAUGGGCAUGGUAAAGAGGCGAGAAGUAAGUAUCGCUGCUGGACCUUUCAUGAUUGAUACUUAUCGUGCCGAGGUGGUGGACUUCACUGUGCCAAUAUUCAUAGACUACUGGAAGAUCCUGGGGGUCCGAGGUCUUCCAGAGGUGGACCCCUGGGGCUUCCUGUUCCCCCUGGCACCUCUGGUGUGGGCGGCCAUCCUGGUGAUGCUGGUGGUGCUUGCUGCUGCAGUGUUCCUUAUGUAUGCCUUCGGCUCUGUCAGAAAUGGUUACCAAAAUUACUGGGUCGAGGUCGCCUUCGGCUACAUUCGGAUAUUAUUACAGCAAGAUAUGACUCUGCCUAUAAUCUGGUUGUGGGAGCGGUUGUUGCUGCUGGUGUGGAUAAUAGUGACACUGGUGUUAACACGGAGUUACUCUGGCAACCUCAUGGCUCUCCUGGCAGUGAGACACAUCCCUGAACCUUACCAUACACUACGUCAAGUGUUAGACGACCCAACUGUUACGAUCAUAUGGGAACAAGGCUCUGCAACAAUCUCCUAUAUGAAAUUAGCGAAGUCUGGUAUAUUCCGGGAGAUAGCAGAGGUAGAGAAGGCUGGUCGACGCUUCGUCUACGAACCACAUCCGAAGUUCCAAGAAAUUAUAGACACUUUGGUGCGACGGGGCGAUCACGUCUUUAUUAAUAUCGAUUCUAGUUUCAAAUCAAAUAUUGCUGAAGAUUUCACGAAAACAGGAAAGUGUUCAUUUUAUGAGUCCAGAGAAGAAUUUCUGAUGUCAGUGUUUGCAAUGAUGGCUCAAAAAGACAGCCCGCUGCUGCCAUCUAUAAAUAAGAGACCGAACAGUGCCUGUUCACGCUGUGUGACCCUGGACAGUAUUCUUGUAGCACACCAAAAAUAUGACUCCAUGGACAAGCACUGGGCCGUGGACCACCACUGGGCCAUGGACCUUCAUUGGGUCAUGGAUAUCAGUGGGCCAUGGAUCACCAGUGGGCCAUGGACUACCAGUGGGACAUGGAUCACCAGUGGGCCAUGGACUACUAGUGGGACAUGGAUAAGUGGACCAUGGAUCACCAGUUGA